AUUAUGAUGACGACAGAGAAUCUUUAUGCAUGUUUGUUGGCUGUAGAACCAAAAAAAAUACAUUAUCAUGCUAAAUACAAGAGAACCGCUAAUCCGAAAAAAUAAUGGACAAGACGUAAAUCAUGGCUAUGUUGACUUACGGCCACAGGGUGACGGCGACUUGAAAAUUGUGGUAUCACCUCUAGAAAUGAUUACAAUCAUAAGAUCAUGUAAUAAGGAAUUAUUCAACGAAAAAAUAAUGUAUAAUAUGGAAUUAUCUGAUUACGAAUUACUCAUCGAUGGCACAUUCAUAAAGGCAACAAAUUAUUGAAUUAUUAUGCAUUAAUAGAAAUAAAUUUGUAAAUUUCAACCUCUAGACGGCCAGUAAGAAAAAAAGAAAAUUGAAAGCAGCUGUAAAAGCUUUGGAAAAAUGUUUUAGCAUUCUUCUAAGAAGAAAAAGUAACACUUUAUUAUUACAACCAAUUAUAAAUUCUUACUUUGUUUCAUUUAGGUAAGAAGAAGUUUUGGUUUUUUUUGAAUAGCCAAAAUGUUGAUAAUAUAGUGGUUGAAUGGAAAUGUAAAGCGAAGUUGUACACUUACUUCUUAAAACAAUUAAUUAAAAACGAUAUGAAACAAACACACUCUCAUACAAUAGAUUUUGACUAUACUAAAAAGAGAAAUAUAGAAAAAGAAAUUCUUGGAAAAGGAGGAUUUGGAGUUGUUUAUAAAGCCAGCAAGAAUAACCGUCAAUAUUUUGCUAUAAAAAAGCAGGAAAUAGCACUUCAGACAUUAGAUUCUACAGUACUAAAAACGGUAUUUUAAGUGAAUUUGUAAGGAAAUUUAUAAUAUGGAUCAAUUAUUAGUCUUUCAGAGAAAUGUCUGUGCUAGCUAAACUUCAUCAUCCUAAUAUUGUUAGAUAUUACACGUCGUGGGUUGAAAUUGAAGAACAAGAUAAGAAUUGUCUAUCAUUCUACUCGUCAAGUGUCAAUUCGAGUAAAUCAUUGAAAGAAAUCGAAAUGAACAAAAGGUUGAGUCGUCUUCCCCGCCUGUACGCUUAUAUUCAAACCGAACUAUGUUUGGCGAAUCUAGAACAUUGGUUGUUUAGCAUUCGUAAAAUUGGGACCAUUUAUGACUUUUCUACAGAAAUAGAUAUGAUGCACAACUUAUUAUCCGCUCUUGAAUAUAUGCAUUCGCAGGAGGUAUUACACAGAGACAUCAAACCUUCAAAUAUUUUGGUGAUAAAAGAGAAUAACAAGUUCAUGGCUAAGGUAGGCGAUUUUGGACUAUCAAGAUUAAUUCACGAUGUUCAAACUGAAGAUACUAAAUUUACAUCUAAUAUUGGAACACUAAUAUUCCGAGCGCCAGAGGCAAAAGGGUCAACAUAUUCUUAUCCAUCUGAUAUUUAUAGCCUUGGAAGAGUAUUUCAACUAAUGCUUAGCAAGUGUAAAACUCUUCAGGAUUUUAUAGAAAGAUUAAACAAUACUAAUAAUGGUUUAUUACUACAUAGCAAUGAUCUCCAGCCUGAUGAAUUCACUUUAUUUUCUUAUUACGUCAAAAUUAUGACUUUACCUGAUUCUAAGAUGAGACGCAUUCCUCCUCAUCAGCUUGUUAAGAAAUCUCCAUCAUUAAACCUUAAAACAAUCGAAGAAGAUAGUAUAAAUACUAAAUCAGAAUUGCCGUAUUCGUUCAAUAGGAAAAGUGUUCAUCCAUGCAGUAUUCUUUCAGUCUGCUCCAAGUCUUUAAAAUUUUCAAAGAAUCAUAGAAACGCAUAUCAGGAGGUAACUAUUAACGGUCCAAUCUACAUAAUUAAGGUCGUGGGAAAGACUCGAAAAGAAAAGAGAAUCUUUGCUAGUGAACUCCUUCAAAAUCUUUAUGAGUUUUCUUAUAGAAAUUUUCAGAAAUGUCUGGCGGAAGGAUUUCCUUGGGAUUCCGUCUUUGAUAAUUCAAAACUUGAUAAAAAAAAACAAGCAUUGAUUAAUCAACUUGUUGUAAGUGAACAGAUCAAGCCUUUUAAAAAAAAUUUUUUUAAAGGUAGUUUCACAAUUAGCGCAAUUGUACAUCAAAGUAAAACUAGAUUAGUUGCAAAGGUUCAAAAGAAUCUGGACAAAGGGAUUUUUAUUGUAGACGCUAAGAAAAUUAAAUUUGUAGACAUUAGUAAACGUAAUUAUUUGCAAACAAUAAAAAACGUUUAUAGUCUACUUCAAUUUAAACAUUCAAAUGUGCUGAGAUAUUUCCAAAUAUGGCUAGAGAGCAGUCCUAGAACAAAAGAGCCAAUAUUACAAAUAUACGUUCAAAUGGAAUAUAUUUGUUUAAAUUUAGAGAACUGGCUAGAGGACAAAAAAAAUGAGGAUAUAGAGCGUGAACUCUUUGACGAUAUAGUUUCUGGUUUGAACUACGUCUACAAGCACUUUAAAGUUCAUGGAAAUAUUAGAACAACUAAUAUUUUUAUUUCUACAAACGACUUCAGACAGAUAGCUAAGAUUGGACAAAUUUCUAUUCUACCUUACAUGUCAUCUUUGGACAAAUUUCAGGACUUGACAGAUUUAAAAAGCAUAGGGAAGUCUCUAUUAGAUUCCUUCGAGAAAAAGUGUAUUGAUCAUUGUAUGGUGUCGGUGCAUCGCAGGCAUUCAUCAUAUCCCUUCGAGAAAAAGAGUAUUAAUCAUUAUAUGGUAUCGGAGUUUCGCGAGUUUCGCCUUAAGAUUUCAAGAGCUACUCUUAAUGAGGCAGAAAAUAAGAUCGUGUUCUGAUUCGAUGGUUCGACAACAUGUUAACCGUGUUCAAUACAGUCACAGAUGUUUGGUCCUAAAUUUUUUUAUUUAAGUAUUUAUAACUCUUUAUUUAUACACUGUAUAUACUGUAUAAAGAAUAAUGAUGUCGGCUUUUAUAAGAUUGUUUUCUUAUAUCCCAUUAUCUUCAUCUAAACUUUUCCUACCUGAGCGUUCAGUACUCUGUACAAACUGUAUCUACUAAUCAUUUACCUUGUUUAUAUAACGAAAAGUAACGCCCAUAUUUAAUUACGAUACACUAUUGAAUAGAAAAAAAACGUAAUAACAUAUAAUCAGAGAGGAAAAGAGAGAUAUUUCAUUUCAUCAAUCACUCUUUCAAUCCCAAUUGAUACGGGUAAGAGAAUUCAAGAAAAAAGUUGAGAACUAUGGAAGUCUUAAUAAUACAAAGGAUAAUAAAUUAUCUAAUAAUAAUUGAAUUAAAAAUGUAAUAUUUAUUUAAACUAAAAGAUAAUAUAAGUGUAACAUUUAACGCCCAAAAUUAAUUAAUCUCUUACAAAACGAAGCUAAUGAUAUAAGAUACAAAAACGAAAUGAAUGAAAAACUUGUGCAUUAUCCUAUUGAUGUUUUUCACUAACUAAAUGUAAUAAAGUAAGAUAUUCUUUAUUUGAAAUAAUAAAAAUUAAUUGUUACUUAGUCCUUAUUACAUCAUCUAUGAAAUGGCAAACUCAUCCUAUUUAAGAGACUACUUGAAUUUUAAAUCAGAAACAAAAUAUUUCACAAUAAGUUAUACAACUUGUGCGUCUUUGAUUGUAUUGUUAGGUAUAUUUGGAAAUAUAAUGAUAUAUAUAAUCAGCAGUAGAAAGAGCUUUAGGACAACAACUUUAUCCGUAUAUAUGAGGUUUUUGGCAAUAUUUGACUGCUUUUCACUUUUUGCUCUAUAUAGUCUCAUCUUUUCUACGUCUUUGUCUGGUUUUAUCAAUCUCAGUCUAAAUGCGAGGAAAAUAUAUACCUGCGCAAUCACUUACUUUGCCUAUCCAGUUGCAUUUUCUGGAAGUGGAUGGUUGAUGUUGAUCAUGACUAUUGAUAGAAGUAUGUUUAUCUUCUUUCCACUCAAAGCAUCUACAAUAUGUACAAAGAGGAAGGCGUUUGUGGCUUGUUCACUAUCAGUUCUAAUUCUAGUAUUAAUCUUUUCCUUUACUAUUUACGUUGGUGUGAAAGGAUCAAGUCGUUUUAUUCAUGAUGAAAACGACAAGUGGAAUAGUAUCUUUGUAUGCAUUCAAUCAAAUCCCCAAUAUACGACCUAUGCGACUAAAUUUCUCGCUCAUUUCCAAAAUAUAGCUGGAGGUUUAAUUCCGAGUAUUGGAAUUCUAUUCAUAAACUUUGCAAUGGUGUACGUGCUAUCAAAGAGAAAUCAAAUGAUAAGAGAAAUAACAAUGUCAACAACAAACGAUGAUGAAAAUUUAUCGGAAUUGACAAGAAUGUUGCUCUUUGUUUCAUUUUUCUUCCUAUUAACAACAGUACCGAAUUUCAUAAAAACAAUAGUAUUCACAGAAAUUGAAGCGUAUGGUCGAAACUAUCAAAAAUAUUUUAAAAUAAC